UCACUAAUGGCGGAGGAAACACCGAAAUUCCUUCUUUCCUACUGGACUCUGUUUUUUAUUUAUUUUUUUGCUGAAUUUCUGUCGGUUUUGUUGUUGGUCCAUUUAGUCACUUCCGGUCCAUUUGAGCCUUUAAAAGUGUUUCCUUUGACUCAUUUAAAGGGCGGAGUCGUUCUUUCAGCUGACCCGAUGACCCACGGGAUGCAGCGUCAGAAUAGACACGCCCCAUGACGUGGGGCGGAACCAGAAGUUUGUGUGCUGUAAACCCGUAAACUGAUCAAGGUCCCGAACUUACAGACCCACGGAGCGGUUCUUCCUCCUCCUCACUCAGCUCCGGGUGAGUUCCUGCCGUGAGGGCUCAAACACAGGCGGGUUAAACCGCGGAACCGGUUCCGCCAUCCCCGUCAAGACGAUUAGAACUUCCUCCCGACAAUGAUCUCAUGUGUUUUUCUCCGCGAGGAAGUUCGCCGGCGGACUGACUGACUGACAGGAGAUCGAGAGGAUCGUGUCCAAAACAUUUGGAUGAACAUCUGCAACAUCUGACAGGAGACGAGGUGCGGUAGCUGCUGAGAUGGAGCCUUCAUCAGGCUGGGAUGGGCCUACCUUUCAGCCCCUGGUGGUGCUGGAGCUGGCGUCCAACACCCCACAGGAGGCCGUGGCCUGGCUGCUGAGCAGGAUACGAGACGGCCAGCAGAAUGGAGGUGCCGAGUUGCUGGUGGAGCAGUUGAGCCCGGGAGCAGCUGAUGGUGGAGAAAAGGACAACCCCAACCUUUUUGUGGUGGGGGCGUCGUGGCAGAGGCUGCUUUGUGGAGCGGAGGACUGCGGCCUCUUUAAGGAGUACAGUGACGGCUCCAUGAGGGGCUUCACCUGCGCCAACCAGCACAGGUUUAAGGGCUUCACAGGGGCUGGAGAUGACUUCCUCAGCAUGGCUGAGUGUCAGUACAUCAUCAAACACCAGCUGGAAGCUCUGCGAGCCAAAGAUGAAACUCAUGUUCCAGGAUACAGCCAGGCCAAGCUCUACCCGGGCAAGUCCAUCAUUCGCAGAUUGCAGUCCAAAGGAAUCCUAGUGCAGAUGUUUCCCCUUCAUGACAAAGAAGAGCUGAAGAGACUUUCCUUCUCCUGGUAUCGAACCGUCAGGCUGUCCCUUCAGCCUCUGGAUGCCAUCAGACGUUACUUUGGGGAGGGCCAGGCGCUGUACUUUGGUUUUCUGGAGUACUUCACCAUUGCACUGCUGCCCAUGGCCGUCCUGGGUGUGCCCUACUACCUCUUUGACUGGGAGAACUACGACAAAUAUGUGCUGUUUGCUGUUUUCAACCUGGUGUGGUGCACAGUUCUGCUGGAGGUAUGGAAGCGGUACAGUGCUACCUUAGCCUACUGCUGGGGCACACUGAGCAGGAAGAAAGCCUUUGAAGAACCUCGACCUGGCUUUCACGGCGUCCUGGGUUUGAACCCCGUCACGGGCCGCAAGGAGCCCGUCUUUCCCAGCGUCAGCCGCCAGCUGCGGAUCUACCUGGUGUCUCUGCCUUUUGUGCUGCUCUGCCUGUACCUGUCUCUGUAUGUCAUGAUGAUCUACUUCCAGCUGGAGGGGUGGGCGCUCUCGGUGUACGACGAGGACCCCACCCUGUGGACAGAAGUGCUCACCUACAUCCCCAGUAUUGUCUACGCGGUGGUGAUCGAGGCCGUGAACCUGCUGUACAGAUACGCUGCUGAGUUCCUCACCGAGUGGGAAAACCACAGACGGGAAUCAUCAUACCAGAACCAUUUGGUCCUUAAAGUAUUAGUUUUCAACUUCUUCAACUGUUUCGCCUCACUGUUCUACAUCGCCUUUGUCAUGCAGGACAUGCUGCUGCUCAGACAGAGCCUGGCCACCCUGCUAAUCACCAGCCAGGUUCUCAAUCAGCUCAUGGAAGCCUUCCUGCCUUACUGGCUUCAGAGACGACGCAACAAAAAAAUGAUUCGCAAAGUUCUGAGGCGAAGAGCCAUCGAGGAAAAAGAGCUUCCUCUAGCAGAGCAGGUCCGACUGGAGGCUGAUAUGAGCACAUACCUGGGAACAUUCGAUGACUACCUGGAGCUUUUCCUCUUGUUUGGAUACGUCAGCCUGUUCUCCUGCAUAUACCCGCUGGCUGCUGUGCUGGUGGUGCUGAACAACAUCACUGAGGUCUAUUCUGAUGCCUUCAAGAUGUGUAAACUGUUCAAACGGCCCUUCGCUGACCCCGCUGGAAGCAUAGGAGUGUGGCAGCUCGCCUUUGAGACCAUCAGUGUGAUUGCUGUUGUCACCAACUGUGCACUGAUCGGAAUGUCACCACAAGUCAAAGCGUACUUCCCUGAGUCGGCCACGCAGCUCAUCCUAUGGACUGUGGCCGUUGAGCAUCUUCUGCUGGGGUUCAAAUUCAUCCUGGCCUUCCUCAUCCCAGAUGUCCCCAAACACAUCCGGGUCAAACUGGCCCAAAUAGAGUUUGAGUCUCUGGAGGCUCUGAAGAAAAAGAAAAUCCUGGAGGCCUCUAAGCCUGAUGCAGAGUAAGGAGGGGGGCGGGGCUCUCGUCUCGGAUGAGGAAUCACACCAACCGAAAGACGUGUGUUCUGACUGAACUGCACCCAUCCGGGACUUUGGGACUGUUCUCGCUGGGAUUAACGAAAAGGACGGAGGGAUUCAUCUGCUGUUACUUUACUGCAGGGCUGCGUGUGGAGGGUGGAGGAGGGGGGGUAUAGGGGGGUGGGGGGUUGCUGGAGCACAAUAACAAAAUGAAAUCCUUUCCCGGUUUGUGUUGAAUGUAAAGUGGGGAUGGGGGGUGAAGGGGGUGGGAGGGUCACCUCGAUGGACGGGAACCUUCUGGACUGAACGCUGCAGAGCUGCAACGCGGCUGAAGCUUCUGCGACUCUGAAGGUCCCUCAGAUCCCACCGGGGGAGGGGGCCAGCAUGAGCAUGUCCAUUUUAUCCUAAUAAAGCUGCUGAAGUCUCCUUCUGGAGCUGAAUCACA